GCAAAUCGCUGGGAAGCUACGCCCCAGCCAUGACGACAAGUGCUGAGGAAAUGUCUGGGUGGCUGCAGAAGUGUUUUUUUCUUUGGGUUUGGCCUUUCAUGCAGCAAAGCUACAGGAACAUCCGUGCCGGUACGUUCUCGCUGGAGUCUCUGCCGAUUUUUCCCCCGAAAGAAUCGUGUGGGCCCGCGGUGGAGAUAUUGGCAGAGCAUCUGCGAGCGGAGGUGCAACGGUGCAAGCUGACGGGGCAAAGUCCCUCACUGCACCGUGCCAUGUUGCGCUGGUGGAAGGGUUUCUUCGUGCAAGAAGCCUUGCGCGCGGUUCUGUUUUCAUGUCUCUUUGUGCUGACACCCUUCCUUCUCCAGCAGACGAUUCGAUGCUUGCGCACCGGAGAUCAUACGGAAGCGAUGAUUUGGUUGGCAGCUUUGCCUCUCAGUGGCAUGCUGGGCGGCUUGGUGCAGCAACAUGGAUUUCACGCCUGCACGUUGUUUGGACGGCAGACGUGGGCUGGCUUGGUGGGCAACAUCUUCAGAAAGUUGACCACAUUGGAUACGUCCGCUUCGAAAGUGACAGAGGGUGAGAUUGUUUCGAUGAUUGGGCAAGAUGCAAGCAUUUGGCCCUACAUGUCACCUUUUCUCAGCAUUUUCUCCGCCAUUCCGGGCAACUUGCUACUGCCCGGCACGAUCUUAGCGUUCUUUUUGGGCCGGGCCUUCUUCGCAGGGCUCGCUGCCUGCAUUUUGUUGGUGGUCUUGAGCAACUGUGCAGCGGCCAAAUAUAAACAGAAGGUGCAGGAGAAGCUUCAGGUGGCAGACGAACGCUUGGUUUUGAUCAACGAAACCCUGCAGGGAGCUCGAUCUGUGAAGCUUUGUGCCUGGGAAUGCGCAUUAGAGGAGAAGAUCAACAAAGUUCGAGAGAAGGAGUCGUUGGAGUCAAGCAGCGCAGCAGACGUGGUCAAAAGUUGA